AUGGCUUCUGCUCUGCAGCCCAGAGAGUGCACAGUGAGCAAGCAGCCCCAGCAGAAGUACGGGUUCUUCCUGCGGGUUGAGCAGGACACGGCAGGACACAUCAUCCGCAACGUGGAGCGCGGCAGCCCGGCCGACAGCGCCGGCCUGCAGGAUGGAGACAGGGUGCUCCGGGUCAACGGCGCCUUCGUGGACAAGCAGGAGCAUGCACAGGUGGUGGAGAUGGUCAGGAAUAGCGGGAAUUCCGUGGUGCUCCUCGUCCUGGAUGAUGCAUCCUAUGAAAAGGCACAAAAGGAGGGAGUGAACUUGGAAGGGCUGGGUCAAAAGGCAUCCACAGGCCAACAGCAGGAGCAGCAGUGCCCACCAUCCACGGCCACUGCAGCUCCACAGCCCCGGCUCUGCUACCUGGUGAAGGAGGAGACAGGCUACGGCUUCUCCCUGAAAAGCACAGAAGGACAGAAGGGGCUGUUCAUAGUAGAGCUUUCAUCACAAGGAGCAGCUGCAAAGGCUGGUGUCCAAAAUAACGAUCGCCUGAUUGAAAUCAAUGGGAAAAAUGUGGAAAAUGACACCCACGAGGAAGUGGUGGAAAAGGUAAAGAAGUCUGAAAAUCAUGUUAUGUUUCUACUUUCAAAUGAAGAAACAGACCGCUAUUUCACAAGCCAGAGGAUGGCACUGAGCAAAGAGAGCGCCAGCCUAAGGUUGCUUCCCCUCAAACCACGACUUAUUGAGAUCCAGAAGGGAAAAAGCGGUUACGGAUUUUAUCUACGGCUGGAACAAAACACUGGUGACCACGUAAUCAAAGAUGUUAGUUCUGACAGCCCAGCAGCCAUGGCAGGUCUGAAGGACAAUGACAUCCUAGUGGCUGUCAAUGGCGAGCGAGUGGACGGGCUGGAUCACGAAAGCGUGGUGGGAAAAAUAAAGCAGUCUGAGCAAAGAACCUCCCUGCUGGUGGUGGAUAAGGAAACUGACAGCAUGUACAAACUGGCUCAGAUUUCCCCUUUCUCAUACUACUACAAAGCACAGGCUUCAACCCUGGCUAAAAUGGAGGAAAGAGUGGAGUUGCACACUGAGCAGAAAGUGAACCACAAGCCAAGGAUCUGCAAGAUGGUGAAAGGACCUAAUGGAUUUGGCUUCAGUUUAAAUAUGAUCAAGAACAAACCUGGAUUGUUCAUCACUGAGGUACAAAGCCAGGGAGCAGCUGGCAGAGCAGGCGUGGAAAACAACGAUUUCCUGGUGGAAGUGAACGGAGUGAAUGUGACCAAGGAAUCCUAUGACAAGGUGGUGGCAAGGAUCCAGAGCACUGGGGACAGACUGACACUGCUGGUGUGCAGCAGAGAUGCUUACAGGUACUUCCAAGGCCAAAACAUUCCCAUCACAGCCUCCAUGGCAGAGUCAGACACUCCUGAGCCUCCUGCUCACACAGAAAACCAUCCAGCAGAGCCAGAGAGGAACUCACCUGAGCCAAGGGAAAGGGCAGACUCAUCCUCCUCCUCCUCCCAAUCAGCAGCCUCCACAAGAGCUGACAGCGACAACAGUGAUGACACAAAGUUGUGA